AACUCAAGUUCUUUAUGAAAAAGUCUAAAGAUACUAACACAGCACACACAUUUUAAAGGAACUGAACUGACCCAGUUCUACUUUGCAGUAGUGGAACGUACUAUUGCUAUUUUUUUUUCCUUCACCUUUUUCUUUUUCCCUUCAAGUUCAAAACUAAAAGCAAGUAAUCUGGUAUCAUUUGCAUCACUCUUUUGCUAACACUCACCAAUCUCUUCAAAUUCUUCACUGCAUUGCUCAGUUUUUUUCUCAGAACACAAAUAUUAUCAUCACAGCACAGCCCUGAAAGGAAUGAAAUUGUUCUGCUCUUCCACUGCUUCCACAGCAGUAAACUCUACUAUGGAUCAUCAUCAUCGUUCCACAGUACGUAAAAGCACCAAAAGGAACUCCAGUGUUAGAAGAAAAAUCCAACUUCGUCUUCCUUGUUCAUCCAUGUUACCUAUAAACCCUUUGCCUCACUGGGACGUGCGCAGAAAAGGUUCCGUCACUGAUUUUAAUUUUUGUAACAGUAAGAACUUCAGUGGUUCAUCAUCAUCCACAAUGUAUCUCCUCGGUGACGCUCCCUUCAUUGAUUUGGUGUCUGGGUUUGAUCAAAUUCCUUCACACAAGCCCACCCUGCAGAACCACGUUGUUUUGAGGGUGUCAUUGCACUGCAAGGCCUGUGAAGGAAAAGUUAGAAAACACAUCUCAAAAAUGGAAGGAGUAACAUCAUUCAGUAUAGACAUGGAGGCUAAGAAAGUAACAGUAAUCGGAGACGUGACACCAUUAGAGGUUCUGGCAAGUGUGUCAAAGGUGAAGAAUGCACAGCUAUGGCAAUCUCCAAAAUCAUCUUUGCCUUCAACGUGAGUUAAAUGAAAAUUAACAUAUUAAUCUUAAUUUCUUCUCUGUCAUCACCCCACCUUUUUCUUAUGUGUUGGUAUGUAAGAGUUUGUAUUAGUACAAAGUUUGAUGUGUGUGUCAAGCUUGUUUAUAAUGUUUGUCUAGUUAGAUUGGUGAAUGGAAUGCAGUUUUUGUUGUUGUUGAUUAGUGUUUACUGAUUCCUCAAGUUGAAUUGUUUCCAAGUAGUAGUUUAUAUGUAGUUUCUUUAAGUGAUUUUAGCAUUGUUAUGAGAAUGGUCACGUUCAAAAAUUUAGAAAUUCAAACCAAAACUAGCCAAGAAAAGUAGCUCUGUCUCCAAAAUGAGAAGUGUUCUAUUCAUUAUCUUGAUGCUGAGCACUAAACAAUAAUGUGUCUGAGUGUGUACAUGUUUCCAUAACCAUAAACAUGAGAACCUGUGCACAUGUUAUACACUAUUAUUUUCCCCACUGGGUCGAAUAUGAUAGCUUCGCUUUUUAGAUAACAAACUAGUGGAGCCAGGGUAAUGCAUGCGAGUCAGUGGUAGGCACAUUCAAGGCCAGGCUGGUUUGGGACACAUUCUUCAUCAAACACUUUCUGUUUUCUAGUAUUCAUUUUUCAAGCUAAUAUGAUUCAUGCUCCUCAAACAACCAAUGUGUCCAACGUUGGUUAAAUCCAAUGUUUAUAAAAGUGUAAGGUGUUAUUAAUU